AUGGCUCCCACCCCAAUCCCAACCGACACCGACAUCGACACGCUCUCCCCCCUCUCCUUCAUCCUGGUCCUCACCAUAUCUGGAAUGCUCCUCGUCUCCUUUGCCGCCAUUUCGUUCCGCCGCCCGGAAUCACAACCACUCAUCUCGCGAUACGAUACGUACCUCUCAAUCGCGCGGGCACGGGACCUACCCCGCAGCCGUAAGGAACGCCGCCGCCGCCCGAGACGGACGGCGGGUGUACCCAAAAUCCAGAUCAUCGUCGUUAUCGAGGACAAUUACGACAAUGCAGCGCCGGCGCAGGAUACGAGCCGCCUGUGCGUGCCCAGCUUGGAAGCAUUGGCCGGGGAGCGCGAGGACUGCCACGGAUGGGACGAGCCGUAUACGAUGAGUGCCGAGGACGAGGUGUACUUGAUGCACGUCUUGUCCCAGCGCAUCCAACUGGACGACGGGUGGAGGAAAUGA